AUGAUAGACCUAAGCACAACCAAUACUACUACAGCAUUACCUAUUAAGCUACAACCGUCCAACCUCCGACCACUUGUGUUUAGAACUUUGACCAAAAAGCAUGGAUUGAAUGUGAAUACAGAAGCAUUGUCAAUAUUAACAGAUACCAUCAGCCUAAAGUUUGGGUUCGAUUGGAAGAGUCUACAAUCGCAAAAAUUUUUGGAAGAGAUAGCCAAGUUUUGGAAGCUAGAAGACAGGGGAAUUUUCAUUGAUGGUAAUGGGUUAAAAGCAGUGUUGAAGGAGAUCCAAAAGAAAGAUGAAACUGUGCAAAUGCAAAAGGCUGGGAGAACAAAUACUGUUGUGGAUGAGAUUGUUGAUGAGGAUGUGCAGUUACAAUGGGAAGAUUACUUUCAAUUUGUAUCCCCAUUGAAUCAGCCACGCAGUCUAUUUGACAAAAGCCGAAAGCAUUUCGAUGUUUACUUGACAAAGGAGAGGUUACCGUUUUUGUCAAAGUUGACUCUCAAUACCAAAUCUCAGGUUGAAUCGCAAAACAAUCACUACUUUCUCAUCAUGGAUAGGUUGUCAAGAAACGAAAACUUUCAAAAAGCUUCAAUGACGAGCAUAUCUAAUUUGAACUCGUUGACUAUUGAUGGAAUUGGCAAGAACAAUGAAAUCACACUAAUCAAAAAUAUGCUUGGUCGUGACGGGCAAAAGUUUCUCUUGUUUGGGCUCUUGUCAAAGAAUUCAACUGAUGAGUAUAUUUUAGAGGAUACCACAGGCUAUAUUGAAUUGAAUUUGAACCAGGCUGUAAAAAAUCAAGGCUCUUUCUAUUGUAUUGGAAUGUUUGUCUUGGCAGAAGGGAUCUACUCUGCUUCGGGUGGCAAUUUGAAUCAAAAACAAGAUUACAUGGGUGGUUGCUUUUACGUCAGCAACCUCGCCCAGCCUCCUGCAGAAAGAAGGGAUAAGAGUUUGGAUGUAUACGGACACUUAGAUUUUUUGGGUAUUCACAAACACAUGGUACCCACUGGCGACAAAGCAGUAAAGUUCCCCAAACCAUUUCGAAAGAAAUUGUUGCAGUUGGAAAAGUCAUUACAAAACCACAAAAUCGUCAUGAUGGGUAGUGAUCUUUACCUUGACUCAAAUAAAACUUUACAAGCCAUGCAAAAGUUCUUUCAUCGAUUGGAAAACACAAUUAUCGAAGCAUUGGAUUCGGAAGAAACACAGAGUUACAUUCCUUUGGCAUUGAUCUUUACUGGAUCGUUCACUUCGCGUCCUUUAACGUCUACAAAUUCCACAUCAGAUGCCAAUUUGUCUAACUCUGAGUUAUACAAGGGCAAUUUCGAUCAAUUUGCGAAGAUGUUGAGUGAGUAUCCUAACAUUGUGCAACGAUGCAAGAUUGUACUCAUCCCGGGAGAUAACGACCCAUGGCAAUCUACAUAUUCUCUUGGAUCGUCCUGCUUGAAUACGUUCCCCCAAGCUUCGAUCCCCAAGGUGUUUGUGAAUAGAUUGGAAAAUUUGUUACCUAGGGGAAACUUAAUUCUAGCAUGGAAUCCCACGCGGUUAAGUUACCUAUCACAAGAGUUGGUCAUUAUUAAGGACAAGCUAAUGAGUAAAUUCAAGAGAAACGACUUGAUGUUUCCAUUAGAGCUUGACCAAAUUCACGAUGACGGUGUUGAGGAACUAAACGAUAAGGAGAGAAUUGAUAUAUUAAUUCAAAGUAAGGAUGAAAGAAUACCCAAUAAGACUAGACAAGCGAGGAAAUUGGUAAAAACAUUACUUGAUCAAGGAACUUUGCAACCGUUUAAAAAAGAUUUGAAAGUUGUCAAUACUCAAUUCGAGCACUGCUUAAGAGUUGAGCCUUUACCAAAUGCCAUUGUGUUGAAUGAUUGUAGUUUUGAUAAUUUUGAGGUGGUGUACCAAGGAUGCAGAGUGGUAAACUUGACCCUGGCUAUCAAUGAAGGAAGUAGAAAGUUGAAUUACUUGGAAUAUUGGCCAAGCUCGAAAAAGUUUGAGUUUAAAGAUUUAUAUUUUUAG